AUGGAUAACAUCUUGAAGGCACUCGGCGUUGACAAAGACUGCAAGAUUGCCGUUCUACAAUAUGAGCGGGAUGUUUUUGGAGUAGGGAAGGAGGAGGAGCUCCACUGGGCCAUUUGGGUGUUGUACGACCAGGAUGUUUCGCUGUUCACCACGCGUAAGUGCCUUGGCGGCGUCUACAUCGGUAGCAUCAAACAUAGCCAGUUGAAGCUGUUGCGGGAGGUUGUCUACACCAAUCCACCCACGAACAGGCCCGCGGAGUGGAAUUGCCGCGACUGGGUCAUGGAAGUAAUCCAACUGUUCUCCGAAAAAGGAUGGCUUUAUGCGAACAUUCCUGCCCAAUCGACACUGCUUCCCUCGCUCCGGCGCGCGAGCGUCGCCACCACGAGUGCGUACGCUGAAAGCAGGACUGCACUUCCUGUCAUUGUCGAGCUUGAGGAUGUCAAUGGCGAGUCAACUCAAAUCUAG